AUGCUGCAGGUGGCCCUGGGCCGCGUGCCGUCUCUGCUGAUCCGCGCGCGACCCUGUGGGCCGGGCCUGAGGCGGCUGUGGGGACGCGGAGCUCGUCCAGAGGCCGAGGGGAGAGGGCGGGCCUGGAGCUGGCGGCGCUGGAGCUCCGCGCCGGCGCCCGUGGCGGCGCACUACCGGCUCGUCUACACCUGCAAGGUCUGUGGGACCCGGUCGGCCAAGAGCAUCUCCAAGCUAGCCUAUCACCAGGGCGUGGUCGUCGUGAGCUGCCCUGGCUGCCAGAACCACCACAUCAUCGCCGACAACCUGGGCUGGUUCUCAGACCUGGAUGGGAAGAGGAAUAUUGAAGAAAUCCUGGCGGCCAAAGGGGAGCAGGUGUGCCGAGUUGUUGGUGAGGGGUCCCUAGAGCUGGUUUUAAAGGCUGCAGGGGCCCCCAAAUCCAGCGCUGCUCCGGAGGAGGGUGAGGACCAGGAUGCCAGCCACCCCAGCAAGAUGGAGCCUAGCUGAGGCCGCCUGCUGCCUUGGAGAAGGGUGCUUUAGCGGGGCUCUCUGGGCUUGCCUGUUUCAUAUCAAUAAACAGACGUCCCUUGUAGAUGGA